AAAUCCACGGCAACACCGCUCGCUGCCUGCUUUCCUUCCAAUCUUUCCCUCUCUUUUCCAAUAAGCCUCUCCAAACCCUCUCCAAUGGCGGACGGCUUCUGAGAAGAAGAAGGAAAAACUAGGGUUUCUGUCCACCCGAGAAUGGCCCUCUCCACGGUGCUCCGCCUCACCUCCUCUUCUCUAGUGCGCUACCGCCCGCCCUUUCCCUCUCUCUCCGCCUCUAUCUCCUUCUCCCGUCGCGGCUUCUCUGAGCUCCGGUUCCUCUCCACGGCCCCUGGGCGCUCCGUCCGGGUCGUGAAAUCGAAGCGGAGGGAUGGAGGCGACAAGGUUGGGAGGGCGAAGGAGGAGAAGCGGGAGGAAGGGAGCAAUGGGGGCUUGAUGGUGAAGGAGAAGAUCAGCGCACGAGAUGGGAGGAUCGUCCCCGCCGAGCUCCACAAGGAAGCGACUGAGGCCUACAUGGCCUAUGCUAUGUCAGUUUUGCUCGGCCGCGCCUUGCCGGAUGUUAGGGAUGGGUUGAAGCCCGUGCACCGAAGGAUACUGUUUGCAAUGCAUGAGCUGGGCCUUUCUUCUCGUAAGCCUUUUAAGAAAUGUGCAAGGGUUGUUGGUGAGGUCUUAGGUAAGUAUCACCCCCAUGGAGAUACUGCUGUUUAUGAAUCUUUAGUGCGAAUGGCGCAGGACUUUUCCAUGCGAUGUCCUCUUAUUCGAGGACAUGGAAACUUUGGAUCAAUUGAUGCUGAUCCUCCUGCCGCUAUGCGGUACACUGAGUGCAGAUUGGAAUUUGCCAUUUUGCAGGCACUUACUGAAGCCAUGCUCUUAACUGAUUUAGAACUGAAUACGGUCGACCUUGUUCCGAAUUUUGACAAUUCACAAAAAGAACCAUCUCUUUUGCCAGCUCGUAUCCCAACAUUAUUGUUGAAUGGUUCUUCUGGAAUUGCGGUUGGAAUGGCAACAAAUAUUCCUCCUCACAAUCUUGGGGAGCUUGUCGAUGCACUUUCUGCUUUGAUCCAUAACCCUGAGGCCACACUCCAAGAACUGCUGGAAUACAUGCCCGGACCUGAUUUCCCAACUGGAGGAUUGAUCAUGGGGAAUGCUGGAAUCUUGGAGGCAUAUAGAACUGGAAGAGGACGCAUCGUAGUUAGAGGAAAGACCGAUGUGGAAGUGCUUGAUGAAAAGACCAAACACACUGCCAUAAUAAUUAAAGAGAUCCCUUACCAAACAAACAAAUCUGCUCUGGUGGAGAAAAUUGCUGAACUUGUGGAAGACAAGAUUUUAGAAGGCAUUAGUGAUAUUCGUGAUGAAAGUGACCGAUCUGGGAUGCGUAUAGUAAUAGAGUUGAAAAGGGUGUCAGAUCCAGCCAUAGUUCUCAACAACCUUUUCCGUCUUACUGCUCUUCAGUCUAGCUUCAGCUGCAAUAUGGUGGGUAUUCUUGAUGGGCAGCCAAAGCUAAUGGGAUUGAAAGAAUUGCUUCAGGCAUUCCUUAACUUCAGAUGUUCCGUUAUUGAAAGACGUGCAAGAUUUAAGCUUUCUCAAGUGCAAGAGAGGAAGCAUAUUGUAGAGGGCAUCAUUGUGGGACUUGACAAUUUGGAUGCUGUAAUUAAUAUGAUUAAGGAAACCUCAAGUAAUGCAAUGGCUACAGCUGCUUUAGUCAAGGAAUUUGGUUUAUCUGAGAAGCAAGCUGAAGCUUUAUUGGACAUACCCUUGAGAAAACUCACUUUUCUUGAGAGAAAGAAGUUUGUAGAUGAAGCUGAAUCUUUAUCAGAACAGAUUUCUAAGCUGAAUGAGCUCUUGUCAAGUAAGAAGCUCAUGUUUCAGCUUAUUGAACAAGAAGCAGUUGAGCUAAGGAAUAAAUUUGGAACUCCAAGGCGUUCUUCAUUGGAAGAUGCAGGAAGUAGUCAACUUGAAGAAAUAGAUGUGAUUCCUAAUGAAGAAAUGCUUUUGACACUCAGUGAGAAAGGUUAUGUUAAGCGGAUGAAAUCUAACACCUUUAAUCUACAACAUCGGGGUACUAUCGGAAAAUCUGUUGGAAAGAUGAGAUUGAACGAUACAAUGUCUGACUUCAUUGUCUGUCAUACACAUGAUCACAUCCUUUAUUUCAGUGAUCAGGGAAUAGUUUACUCAGCUCGUGCUUACAGGAUACCAGAGUGCACUAGGAGUGCUGCUGGCACUCCAUUGGUCCAGCUGCUAUCAUUAUCCGAGGGAGAGAGAAUAACCUCCAUCAUUCCUGUCAGCGAAUUUGCUGAAGAUCAGUACCUAAUAAUGCUUACUGUGAAUGGGUAUAUUAAGAAAGUUCCUUUAAAUGCUUUCUCAGCUAUCAGAGCAACAGGAAUUAUUGCAAUACAGCUGAUCCCUGGUGAUGAGCUAAAAUGGGUUCGUCGCUGUGCAGAUGAUGACCUUGUUGCAAUAGCUUCCCAGAAUGCAAUGGUUAUUGUAAAUUCCUGUAACAAGCUUCGCGCGCUAGGAAGAAAAACAAGGGGUGUGACAUCGAUGAAACUUAAAGAAGGAGACAAAAUUGCAUCCAUGGACACAAUACCUGCUGAUUGGCAGAGAGACUUGCAAAAAAUGCCAGAUAGUUCUGGCAGCAGGGGUAGAGAUGUGGGACCCCCGUGGCUGCUUUUUGUGUCUGAAAAUGGUCUUGGUAAGCGUGUGCCUAUUAGCGCAUUUCGACUGUCAAAUUUUAAUAGAGUGGGCCUGAUCGGUUACAAGCUUCCACCAGGUCAUUGUCUUGCUGCAGUAUUUGUAGUUGGGUUUUCUUUGGCAGAAGAUGGGGAAAGUGAUGAACAAGUAGUUCUAGUUAGUCAAAGUGGGACUGUAAACAGAAUCAAGGUUCGGGAUAUAUCUGUCCAGUCACGCUAUGCAAGGGGAGUUAUUCUUAUGAGACUGGAGCAUGCGGGAAAGAUCCAGUCGGCUUCAUUAAUUUCUGCAGCAGCUGAUGAAAUCGGGACUGAUUAUUGACUGCAGUUUAUAAGGGAAAAAAAUGGGUUCAUCAUACAGCUUAGAAACAGGAAAUGAGUUUGGUGUCUACAGUACCAGGCAACAAGAGUUUUGGAUGAUGCAGAGUUGUGCAUUUGGAGCCAACCCUGACAUACGCCAGCGAAGACUUGGCUCUGGCAGGAAUCAUUUUUCCAUUCUGAUACUCUGCAAGAGGUAGAGAACGUAGGCUCGCAUCUAACAUGCAGGUUCUCUCAGAAGUGUUGGAUGCAUUGUCACCACAUGGAAAUUAUCAUCAAUUGUUUGUAUGCUGUUUCAAUUAUGAUACAAAUAUCGCCCAUCGUGUGACAUAUAUAUUUUAUUGGGGACUUUCUACCACUAUAACAAACGACUCCAUAUAUUUAAUGCUCUCUUUUAUGUACCCUACCAUAUAUUAUGCUAACAACAUAUAAUUGGUCCACUCAUUGAUUUAUGAUAA